AUGAUCGAAGAUUGGGCCAUCAGGCUCCUCCCCGUCGAUGCAGACGGGUCGUGUUUCUACUCAUCGAUCGCGAUUGCUCUGAACGAGUCGAUGCCAAGCUGGGGGGAAAACAAAAAGAUAAAGGGUAUGUUGAGGAAUCACUGGCACCGCGUCCUCGAACUUGGCGUGGAGUCACCCGACAUCUUCACCCCGAAAUUUGUGAGCUACAUUACCUCGACCAGCAUCGACCAAGACGACCUGGAGGCGUACAACAGCAUCGCCAGUGCGGACAACAAAGAGCCCUUCGAUUCCAUACCCAAAUUGGCAGCACAUGUCCUCAACACCAACUGCUGGAUCGACACGGUGACAUUCGGCGCGUUCCUAGAGUCUCUCGGCUGUUCUAUCGCCGUCGUCGUCAUCGACCACGAAAUCAAAGAACCGCUGUGUGUGUUGGACGAACUCACGCAGAACAAAGACGUUGUUCCUAUCUGCCUCCGGUGGUCAAGUUUAACGUUUGGAAUCAAAGAACUUGACAUUCAACUUCUGACCGGGAACAUUGACAAGUCCAGACUUUUCAAGCUCGAGGAAAAGGAAAAGGACGAUUACAAACGCAUCAAGGCCAACACGUUGAAAAUAAAGAACAAAGGCCGCCGAAUCAAGCAGCUCGAGUCCACCGUGGCGGCUCUGGCGGAGAUGCUACAAUUGAUCGCGGGGAAGCUCAAGAAGAUGGAGUCCGCCACGCCCUCUGCGCCCGAGCCUGAUUCCCGAUCGAAGGCGCCACCGUCAUCGAGUAGGAACACCGGCAGCAACGCAUCUCGGCGGAUCUCGUCUAUGAAGGGCAGGUCGGAGGAUGCUCAGCUGGCACGGUCAGCGAUAAUCGCCUACAUGAAGAAGAACGAUAAUCUGCCCGAGAUCGAAAAGGAUACCUGGCAGAAGGUAGUUUGGCGGAAGAAAGUCCCGAUCAGGACUUAUGUGAAGAGGAUCGAGGACAUUGCGUAA